AUGUCGUCCUCCCCAGAGAUGGCCGACUCGGACAAGAAGCGCAAGAGAAAGGUCGAAUCCGACGACGACGAUGACAAACUCGAAAUCGACAUCAACCUCCCAGAACCGCCGUCGAAGAAGGCCAAGCGCAAAGAGAAAAAGCAAGCGAAAGUCAAGUCGAAGAAACCAGCCGACGAGACGACUGUCGAUGGUGCAGACUCCGUGAAGAACGAGUUUGAUGCUGAGAAGAAGCCUGCGCCUGCUGAUGCGACAGAACCCGCAAAGCGCUCAGACUAUGGCAUUUGGAUAGGCAACCUGCCUUUCAACGCGACCAAGGACACUCUACGUCAGUUCCUCCUCAGAGAGGGUGGCAUCGAUGAAGGGGAGGUCACCCGGGUACACAUGCCAACAGGUGCAAGAGCGCAGAACAAGGGAUUCGCCUAUAUCGACUUCAAGUCACCUGCGAUUCUGGAGGUCGCGUUGACUCUGAGUGAGAGGUUGGAGGGAGGAAGAAGGUUGUUGAUCAAGAAUGCAAAGAGUUUCGAGGGAAGGCCCAAGGAAAGUGCAGCAUCGAAGACAGCCGAGUCGACCAAAGAACCGAGCAAAAGGGUUUUUGUUGGCAAUUUGAGCUUCGACGUCACCAAAGACCACCUGGCAGAGCACUUUGGCCAAGCUGGCAAGGUAGAUGACGUGUUCAUGGCGACGUUCGAGGACAGUGGCAAAUCCAAAGGCUUCGCGUGGGUCACAUUUGCCGAUCUCGAAGCUGCGAAGAACGCUGUGCAGGGCUACAUCUGGAAAGAACCUGAGGUGGAAGAAGACGAUGCUGACGAUGGCGACGAGCCGCAUCCAAAGUCCAAGAAGCACAAGCCGAGAAAGUGGUUCAUCAAUCGCUUUCAAGGAAGAGAGCUACGAUGCGAGUAUGCUGAAGAUGCUCAGACUCGAUACAAGAAGCGAUAUGGAUCUGCGAAGGGUGCGACAAAAACAUCCGACUCUGCCCAAGAUGCUGCCCCAGGUGCCGAAGACACGCUUGAAGGACUCGCUCAGGAAGCUGCAGGCGCAAGAAGUACUGCUCCACGGAAGAACCCCAGGAUGAAGCAUCUUGACAAAGAUCAACGACAGGAAGAGCGCAGAAAGCGGUUCGACGCUCGUACAAUCGCUCCUGGCAAAGCUCUUGCCAAUACGCAACGUGCAACUGGCGCCAUUGUUGCUGGCAAAGGCAGCAAGGUGACCUUUGACUGA